CUAUCUAGCAGCAUUUUGGAUAUAUAUAACAGUGACCAGGGAAUGGCAGCAGCUAAUAUGGGUCUCACAAAUGCUUCUUGCCCAGCUAAUCUACCAGUAAAAAGGGAAGUCACAGCAGAUACACGCGCAAUGGCAAAGGAGAGACAAAAAAAGGAUAACCACAAUCUCAUUGAGAGAAGAAGAAGGUAUAAUAUUAAUUACCGAAUCAAGGAGCUUGGCACACUCAUCCCCAAGUCUAAUGAUCCUGAUAUGCGCUGGAACAAAGGAACUAUUUUAAAAGCAUCAGUGGAGUACAUCAAGUGGCUACAAAAAGAACAACAGAGAGCCAGAGAAUUAGAACACAGGCAGAAGAAAUUAGAGCAUGCUAACAGAAGACUUCUACUUCGAAUUCAGGAACUAGAGAUCCAGGCACGUGCACAUGGCCUUCCAGUCAUGUCUUCGGUCAGUGCUGUCGAUUUAGCCGCACAGGUCAUCAAACAACAGUCUUAUCCAGAGGAGAACUCUGUAGACUACUCUCAACAAAUGCCUCUGGCACAUGGACCAAAUUCUGAUGUUUGCGAUGGAUCUACAGCCUUUUCUGAUCCACUUUCACACUUCACAGAUUUGUCCUUCAGCGCAGCUUUAAAAGAAGAGCAACGACUAGAGGAAAUUUUACUGGAUGACACAGUGUCACCAUUUGGAACAGACCCACUCUUGUCCUCCACGUCCCCAGCUGCAUCGAAAGAGAGCAGCAGGAGAAGCAGCUUUAGCACAGAUGAUGGAGAUGAUUUAUAAAAGGAGAAAGGGCCUCAUACUUCUCUAAACCACUUGCUAAAAGUCUGAGUUGAAUGUAAGCAUGGUGUUUGUGCUUAUUUUAAACACGAAUAAGGAGAGACACUGUGAAGAUAAGUUACUACACGAAAAGGGUUUAAAUCAGCCUUUAUUUCACAGGAAAAUGAAAUGGACGUGAACUCAUAUCACUUUGCCCCACAUUCACACCCCCUGUUCACAGCUGACAUUUGCACAAAACUUU